CUUGGGUUUGAGACAAAUGAGAUUGGUAUGGUGCUUGGUAUAGCAUCAUUUCCCAUGCUGGCUCUAAACCUGUUCAUCUACCCACUUCUCAACAGGAUAUUUGGAACUAAAAAGACGUUCAUUAUCUGUGGUUUCAUCAAUGGAGUUCUGAUGACAGUAACACCAGUAUUACAUCUUUUGGAAUCUAGUUCUUCAUCUUUGCUAUGGACAGUCCUACUGAUUGUGAUUAUUCCGCAGAAAAUCAUGACAAGUUGUUCUUUUACUGCUACGUCCCUCUUUGUGAACAAUUCGUCACCAGCCCACAUGGCAGGAUCCGUCAAUGGUAUAGCUAUGACUGCCACAGCUAUCGCAAGAACCUUAGCUCCAACAAUAGGAGGCAGUGUGUUUGCCUGGUCCAUAGGGAACGAUCUUGGCGCACCGUUUGAUGUCAACAUCUCUUUCUUUAUGUUCGGAUUUAUCCUGUGGCUGACUAGUGUCUACAGUUUGUUUAUUCCAGAGUCCCUAAACAGAAAGAAGAAAUAAUCUACCUCAACACAGAGAUAGAGAGGCUUAUACAUGUAUCUGUACAGCAGAUAGUAAAAUGUAGAAACAGGUGUUGCUAUGCUGCUUUUAAAAAAACUGUCUAGCUGGGUACAUAUCUAAAAAGUAGAAUAUUUUUUGCUACAGCUUGUUCAUAUACAUACAUGUGUAUGAUCUGAUUAAUAUAUUUUAGAUAAAAUUGUUGUAUGUGUUUAUAGUACUUAAUAUAAUUAUUUUCAACGAAAAUACUUAUAACAUGCUACAAUUAUUGUAGAUAAUGUACUUUUAAAGAUUUUGUAUAAUUCAUUGAU